CCGCGGCGCAGUCCCGGAUCGGGCGGAGGAGUGCUGGCUCCCGCCUGGCUCGGUCUCCUCCUAGGAGUGGUUAGUGGCUGGGCAGGAACCGAAAAUUUCCGGGCCGUCUCGGCCUUAACAGCAGCCAUGGAGCCUGGGAAGAGAAGAACAAAAGAUGAUACUUGGAAAACAGAGGACCUCAGAAAACACCUUUGGGUUGCACAAUCAGAUGGUCCGAAAGAAGAUAAGAAACAUAGAGAAAAGAAACUGCAUAAGGAAUCAGAAAUUGACUUACUUGAAUACAGAGAACAUAAAUAUAAGUAUCAAGAGAGAGACACAAAAUAUAAAGAACGGACAGAUGAAAGAGAUAUUCAUAUAUCUAAGGAGAGUCUUCGAGGGGAGAAAGACAGAGAAAAGCAAAGGGAAAGAAAAAAAGAAACAAAAGAUCGAGAAAGAGAAAAAUUUAAAGAGAAAUACCGAGAACACGAUACAGAAAAGUCUCACAGUAGAGGAAAAGACAGAGAAAAAGAGAAAGAAAGAAAAGCUAGGAAAGAAGAACUUAGGCAGACCACUGCCUAUCAUAACCUCCUGGGACGUGAAGUACGUGAAAAGCAACUUUUAGAAAGAGUAGAAAGGAAGAUUCGUUCAGUAAGUAAAGUGAGAAUUGAAGAGAAAGAGAAAAGAGAUGAAGAUUCUGACAGAGGAGAUGAAGGUAGAGAAAGAAGAUAUCGGGAAAGAAAGUUGCAGUAUGGUGACAGUAAAGAUAAUCCCCUAAAGUACUGGCUUUAUAAAGAAGAAGGUGAAAGAAGACACAGGAGACCAAAAGAACAAGAUCAAGAGAAGAAACAUCGAGAAAAAAGCAGCACAAGGGAAAAAAGGGAAAAAUUUUCAAAAGAGAAGAGUAAUUUGUUUUCUGAAAAGGAAGGGGAAGAAAGACAUAAAGAAAAGCAACAUAAAGAAGGCUAUCAUUUUGAUGAUGAAAAGUACCGAAAUAACAUGGAUAAAAAGGAGAGGUCAUCAAAAGAAGAACAUAGGAAGAGGGAAUCCAAGAAUGCUGAACACAGAAGUCGAGGUGCAAGUUCAAAAAGAGAUGGAACUAGCAGCCAGCAUACUGAGAAUUUAGCAAGGAAUAAUGGAAAAGAUAAAGAGUCAAGAAGGAAGCAUGGCCGUGAAGAAGGGUCAUCUAUGUGGAAGCUGACUCAAAGACGAGGAAGUGAAGAAACUGUGGAAAUUGAAAAGGAAGAUGUUGAUUUAGAAAAUGCUGGAGCUGAUGAAUAUACGACCAAUUUUGAAGAUGAUUUCGAAGACUAUGAAGAUGAUUUUGAGAUUUGUGAUGGAGACGAUGAUGAUAGCAAUAAUGAGCAUGAAUCAAAAGAAAAAAUUGAGGAACUCCCUCUAGCCAGAAAAAAGGAAAUACAAGAAAUUCAAAAAGCCAUUAAUGCAGAAAAUGAACGGAUUGGUGAAUUAUCUUUGAAACGGUUUCAGAAGCAAGGUCGAAUGGAAUGUGAAAGGGAAUCAAGGACAGAUGCAAACUAUUCUCCUUCCAAAGCUUCUGUCUGUGGAAUUUUCAUGGAUUUUGCAACAGCCUCCUACCGUCAAAAGAGUCGGACGCAGGCCCUUAAGCAAAAGACACGCAGCACAAAAUUGCUUCGGCUUAUUGAUUUAGAUUUUUCAUUCACAUUCUCUCUCUUGGAUCUACCACCAGUAAAUGAAUAUGACAUGUAUAUCAGAAACUUUGGGAAAAAAAAUACCAAGCAGGCAUAUGUUCAGUAUAAUGAAGAUAAUAUUGAAAGAGACAUUCAGACUGAAGAAAUAGAUACAAGGGAAGUAUGGACCCAACAUCCAGGGGAAAGCACUGUUGUAUCUGGAGGUGGUGAAAAUAGAGAUAUCUCUGAUGCUACAGUUAUACCAAAGAUUGAUACACCAAGGCUAUCUAACUUUCUUCGGGCUGCUUGUCAGGUGGUUGCUGUUUUGCUUGAAGAGGAUCGUUUGGCAGCUGAACCCAAUUGGAAUCUCAGGGCUCAAGACAAUACGUACUUUUUUAGUGACAGUUCCUCUCAGUUGAACACUAGAGUGCCAUUUCUUCAAAAUCGAAAAGUAUCCUAUUUACAUGCCUCUCAAGUUCAAAGGCAGACAGUGGUUUCCGUUCAUGGUUUACCUGACAAGACAUUCUCAAAUCAACUGGAUGGAAGAUACAUCCUCUGUGUGUGGGAUAUUUGGCAGCCUUCAGGCCCCCAGAAGGUUUUGCUAUGUGAAUCAGAGGUCACAUGUUGCUGCUUUAGCCCUUUUAAAGCAUUUUUGCUGUUUGCUGGAACAGUACAUGGCUCAGUAGUUGUGUGGGAUUUAAGAGAAGACUCCAGGAUACAUCAUUAUGUGAAGCUGAAUGAUUGUUUUUGGACAUUCAGGACAGCCACAUUUUCUACUGAUGGUAUUCUUACAUCAGUAAGCCAUCAAAGUCCUCUUCAAGCAAUUGAACCCAUCUCAACAUCUGUCUACAAAAAACAGAAUUUUGUACUUUCACCUUUUUCUACUCAAGAAGAAAUAUCAGGUUUGUCAUUCCACAUUGCUUCCUUGGAUGAAAGUGGAGUUCUUAAUGUAUGGGUGGUUGUUGAAUUACCAAAGGCAGACCUUGCAGGUUCAAUAAGUGAUUUAGGUUUACUACCUGGGGGGAGAAUAAAAUUAGUACAUAGCUCUGUGAUUCAGUUGAAUGACAGUCUUUCCCAUAAAGGUAAUGCAUAUUGGGGAACUGCACAAACAUUGAAUGUUAAGUUUCUGCCUUCAGAUCCUAAUCAUUUUAUUGUUGGCACAGACAUGGGUCUUAUAAGUCAUGGUGCGAGGCAAGAUUUGAGAGUAUCUCCCAAAUUGUUCAAACCCCAGCAACAUGAUGUAAGACCAGUAAAAGUUAAUGUGCUUGAUUUUUCACCAUUUGGAGAACCAAUAUUCUUGGCUGGCUGUUCAGAUGGAAGCAUUAGGUUACAUCAGCUGACUUCUGAGUACCCUCUUAUGCAAUGGAAUAACAGCACUGAUGGCCAAGCUGUUACUGGCUUACAGUGGUCAUUAACAAGACCUGCUGUGUUUUUGGUCCAGGAUGACACAUCCAGUAUUUACAUUUGGGACCUCCUGGAAAAUGAUUUGGGACCUGUAGCCAAACAACCCAUCUCUCCAGACAAGCUGUUAGCUAUGACGAUCAUGGGUGAACCAGAAAAGAGCAACAGCAGCUUCCUUGCGCUGGUGCUGGCCAGGACUUCCGGUGACAUUGACAUCCAGUACCUGAAGAGGAAGUGGGCGUCUCCAGUCGAAGAUGAGCAGAAGAAGCUGCGUUUGCUUUUACGGGAAUCCCUGUAGAAAGAGGGAAAACUGCUUGAUCAUGAAACUAGAAAUAACUGGGUGUUAUAGAAAGGGUUAACCUUUAUGUCAUGACCCAGACUUAAAAGACAUAAUUACAGGGUGGAUGAUUUUACAUCUGUGUGCAUGUAUAUUUAUGUAGAUAGAAUAUGUAUAUUCUGUACAUAAUUUAUUUUACAAGAAUAUAUAUGUCAGUGUUCCCACUCAGAGAUAAAUGAAUUUUUUUGACCAGAAGCAAAUGAACAUUUUAGUAUAUACUGAACUUCAGAGGAAGUAUAAAUUAUAGUCAUGCCCAAUAUGCAGUUUUCUGAGAAUAUUUAUAGUUACUUUUUAGAACAGCUUUAAAAUAGUCACAUUUAUUACUAGAUUUCAAACAGUCCACAUUGAAAAUGUAUUUUAAUAAACUAUUUUCUUCGUCAUGCAUAACAGGAAAUAUAUACAAAUGUCUAAAUUAAAGAGAUUUACUCAAUUGAAAUGACCUCUGCCGACU